CAGACUAUUACUAUGAAAUCCUGGGUUGUUAUGAAAUGGAAUAACACGUUCAUUAAGUGGAACAGAACAGAUUUUGGAAAUGUAAACCGAGCGCACUUUCUACCCACGGAAAUUUGGUUCCCUGAUAUUGCAUUGUAUAAUAACGGCGACCCUGACGUCCCUAUAGCUGGAGGUAGAACAAAGUUUCUUUCGCACGUCGUGUGUGAUCAUCGAGGUGUUUGUAUCUGGAGCGGAGCCGCAACUUUUACUGCAUCUUGUGAUAUUCACAUCGAACAAUGGCCUUUCGACUCCCAGACUUGUAAUUUAGAGUUUGGUUCUUCAUCCUAUGACAACAACCAGCUUCAGCUACUCCCUUUUAAGCUCAGGGAUCAUUUUCCUGAAGGAAAUAACAAUUGGAAGGUUGAAUCGCUGGACCUUGCUGUCAAUGAAACAGACCAUGGUCAUUGCUGUCCUUACAAGUUUUCUCAAAUCACGUACAGUAUCAAAAUCAAACGCCUUUUUGGCUACCAGAUGUUUUACGUAUUCGCUCCUUGCUGUAUUCUCACUAUAUUGUCAAUGUUGAGCUUCCUCAUUCCGUCUGAGAGUGGGGAGAGGAUAGGUUUUGUCACAACACUGUUGCUAAGCCUGAUGGUGUACUUGCUAGUUGUGCCUGAUUCGUUACCAGUCUCAUCAAAAGAGAUUCCAAUCCUUGGUAUGAUUAUCAUGAUCACUCUCGUCAUUAUCUCAUUCGUCUUGUUGGCUACGAUUCUUGUUCUGAUAUGUUUCUUCCGUACUGAUAUCCCUCCAAAAUGGCUUCGCUGUUUGGCUUCCAAGAAACUCUAUUCUCGCGGGUCUAGUCCCGUGAAAGUGAAAGUAGAGGGACAAAAAGAGAGCUUCUCCUUAAGAGCUGUGCCACCAGGCUUUGAUGCCAUCCAGGCUGCUGCUGAAAUUCCAUCAACGAAACCUUCAACACCUAACGAGCCUAAUAUUAAUGAAUCCGAGUCAAUUUCUGGCCAAGUGUUGUGGCAAGACAUUUCGAUCAAACUUGAUAUAAUUUUUUUCUGGGUUUUUGUGCUUACAAGUGUAAUUUCAUAUGCUUUUCUCAUGGUAAAUGGUAUGCGCUGAUGUAUUGUGAUGAGGUAUCAAUGUUGUGUGAUGAAGUUUCAAUAUUGUGUGAUGAGGUCUCAGUGUUGAUUCAAUCGGCUAUAGGAACAAAGGCGCAUGAUAGUUUUGAAGUUUCAUGAGAAAGAAGGACGGAAGAAUGGUUAGCAGCGUGAAUUGAGGUCUUAUAUCAUGUCAUAUUCUAUGAUCAAUAAGAUCAAUUUUUUUCUUCUUAAAACAUAAAAGGUU